UGGCUGCAUUAUGUAGUGAAGAGGAGCCCAGGCCCCUAAACUGGAGAGUUGAGGGUAGUGGGCAGGGUAUGCCAGCCAGGAGGACCCCAUCACAGGUAGGGACUGAGGGGUGCGGGGAGAACCUGGCAGCCAGGUCCACUUCAAUGUGUUAAGUAGGCACCUCAACCAUUUGUCCCAGCUUAGAGUCAGCGGGCAAAACAGAAUGGCUGUACGCUUGGUACAGCUCUGCCUUGGUAACUCUAGGACGUUUAUCUCACACAGAUUGCAUUCAAAACUACACACCUAGGGGACAAGACUUGGCCAUUGAUGCCAAACAGCUUGCUUUAUCAGAGCCAUUACUGCACACUGUCAGAAGCUGGAAGGGCUCUGCCUAUGGGUAAGCUCCUACAGGAAGAAAGCCAUGAAGCCCUGUAAUUAAACAUCCAAACAAUUCUCAAGUCUACACCUGAAGCCAGUGACUUCCAUUUCCACAAACCCAGGCUCACGUGACAUGUCUUGCUUAAUUGCCCUUUAAACUGCUUUAUGGCUUUAUAGCAGCCUAUAAAAGGUGAUUUUCAAAUAUGACAGGCGCUGAAGAGCUGAACGGGAGAGUUAUCCAGGAGUUGUAAUCUCUAAGUCUGCUAGGAGUUCUUGCCUUCCUGAGAAAGAGGAGCUGCCACAGCUAUGGGGCGAUACUCAGGCCGAAGCUUCCGUCUGAUCCUCAUGUGCGUAGUCAGCGUGGUCCUCUUUGUGCUGGAGCUAGCGGUGGCACACAUAGGCAACUCCCUCUCCCUGGCCUCCGAUGCCUUCGCUGUCCUCUCCCACUUGUUGUCCAUGAUCAUCGGACUGUUUGGCGUCAGGGCCAGCAAUGUCAGGCAGCACAGGAAGAGCACAUACGGCUUUCUCCGGGCAGAUGUCCUAGGAGCAUUUGGCAAUUCCGUGUUUGCUGUGGCCCUGAUGUUCAGCAUCCUGGUAGAAGCCAUCAAAAGGUACAUCAGUCCCCAGAAGACAGAAGAGCCCCUCCUGGUUCUCAGUGCUGGAGUCAUCGGACUGUUUUUCAAUGUUCUUAACUAUGUCAUCUUCUUAGAAUGCUGUUACUGCUCAGGGCCCAGGCCCCAGACAGACACGGAAGCAGGUGAUUCCCUGAACACCCAGAAUGAACCAGAAGAGAUGACGAAAAAAGAGAAGAAGUCUGAAGCAUUGAAUAUCAGAGGUGUUCUUUUGCAUGUGAUGGGAGAUGCCUUGGGGUCCGUGGUUGUGGUCAUCACGGCCAUCAUAUUCUAUGUUCGGCCCCUGAGAAGUGAAGACCCGUGUAACUGGCAAUGCUACAUUGACCCCAGUUUGACUGUUGUCAUGGUCGUCAUUAUCUUAUCGUCAGCUUUCCCACUGAUCAAGGAGACCGCUGUCAUCCUGCUGCAGAUGGUCCCGAAGGGAGUUAACAUGGAAGACCUGAUGAACCAGCUGUCUACCGUGCCUGGGAUUAGCAGUGUGCAUGAAGUACACAUCUGGGAACUGAUAAGUGGGAAGAUCAUUGCCACCUUGCACAUCAAGCAUCAGAAGGGCACAGACUAUCAGGAUGCCAGUAGAAAAAUCCGAGAGAUCUUCCACCGUGCUGGAAUCCACAACGUGACCAUUCAGUUCGAAACGUUGGACUUGAAGGAAACCCUGGAGCAGAAGGACUUCUUGCUGACCUGCAGUGCCCCCUGCAUCUCCCAGAGUUGUGCUAAGAAGCUGUGCUGUCCCCCGGGGACAUUGCCUCUGGCUCUCGUCAAUGGUUGUGCAGAGCACAACGGUGGGCCCCCUCUGGAGUCUUACCGAAGCAUAGAAGCUCCAGAAGUGGCCAUUGAUAUGACUUUGGAUGGCUGUCCAAGGGAGCAGGGACAGACUCUCAGCAAGACUCAAGAGAGACAGCACUAUGAAAACAGUACUCAUUUUUAGUGGGUUCCCACACAAAUCAAACUGUCUGAACAGACACUUUGGUGUCACCAGCUCUGCUUGUGGGAAGAGCUUUGCGGGUAUAUCCUGUCAGUAGGGGUCAGCCGUUUGAGAUGUUAGCGGAACAAGCUGCUGAUUUUCAUGUGGUGGAUGAACCCCUUCCCGGUACCUUGGGUAUCUCAUGGUUCUCUGUGACAGUCUUUGUAUGGACAUGAAUUUCCUAAAGCAGACUGCCCUAGUGAAUGUAUCAGGAGUGUUGAAGGACUCAGUAACUAUGACAUGGGAUUCGAAGUCGGUCUUGUCUGCCUUGUGGUGCUGGGGAAUUGCAUACAGGGCUUGUGCAUGCUAAGAAACUGCUCUGUUACCGAGAUGAGCCCUGUAGCCUUUGCUUUUAAACCCAUCAGAACUUCUAGCUGACUCACAAGUGAGCUCAAAGCUUAAGUGGGUAGAAAAGAAGCUAAGCACCUUAAUUAUGUUUUCCUCUCUUCCCCUCAAAGAUCAUCAAAGAUGGACGCCAGCCAUUUAUGGCACUGUAGAAGUAUAUGUUCUUAAGUCCAUUCUUGGACCAUGAGAAGUAGACACCUAAUAAAUGCAAAAUGCAUAGUUAUUAAGACGGAAAUACAGACUGUCUCUUAAGGCAGGAAGUACUCUCAAAACGUUAGAUGGUGUAGGCUUGGCUGGGGUGGAGGGAAAGGUGGGCUCUGGACUGUCUCUUUGUUUUGUGAGGUGGCUAAUCUUUUACUUCCUGCUGGAACUAAACUGUAGCUGUGGCGUGUUCCCUCUCCUUUUCUUAUUCACCUUUUUAUCAUCUCUGCAAGUUUCCAGGUGGGACUGUUGCCACAUCUAGUUCUGAUCAUGAUUUUCUUGUCGAGAAUUCCUCACAGCCUUCUUUGAUGAUCACAUUGAUCUAUGUAGCAUUGACCAGGGGGAGAUGAAUCUUCUGGGCACAGGAGAAUACUCUUUCUUGUUAAACAAACAAGCUAGCCUGCCUUUGCUUUAAUUGGGCAUAUUUUAAAGCAUUUAUUGCAGUUGCCAACUAGUAACUGGGUGGAAGAGUUGAUAUCCAAGUGAGAAGUGAAAUAUGAUUUGGUUGCUGACUUUAAUGUGUCUGGAGGCUCUUAGAGUUUUAUGUCUGUGACCCAUUUAUGAAGUUCAAAUGAAUUAAGAUCUGAUUCAGGCACAUAACUGAACUGUAUUGGUAGAAGAAAGUGCAGAAAUGUCUGUCACGUGUUUUUAUACCUUGUUUGGGCAUCCAUGUUUAAAUCAAAUCCUCAGAGGUAUGACAUGGGGGUGCCUGACAGAGCCAGCAUCUUGCUAGACAAGUUUCAAGGCACACUGAAAGUGGUCUUGCCCUAGACUUCGAUUGUACUGAGAAACUACACAGGAUUCAUCAGAAGUGGUGGAUGGUCACAGAAAAGGCAGCCACAUUUGUCAAUGCAAGCAUCGUUUUUAAAGAAAAUGCCUUUAUUGGGCGUGGUGUCACAUGCCCAUAGUCUCAGCUGCACAGCAGGCUGAGAGAGAAGAGUCACCAGGGCCUAGGAGUUCAAAACUAGCCCAGGAAAAAUAGUGAGAUUCAGGGUGUGUUUUGUUUUGCUUUGUUAAUAUUAGUCUUAAAUUUGGAGGCUGAUGGGCAGCUGUGAUUGGGAAUAUUGGAAAAUCUUUGUUCCUUAGAAGUUGGUUAGAUCUAAACCAACCAUCCAUAAGUGAAAAGAAGAAUAUCCAAAAGCCUCUCUAAUUCACAGAAAUUUAUUGUAUUGGAUUAUGUUUGCACUUUAUAAACUGGGGGAGGAACAAAGACCCAGUUCCUACUUUGGGCAUGAAGUAGACUCCCGGAGACCAGAGGAUUCCCCAGGAGGCCCAACAUGGCGAUGUGUGUGCACUCUGCCACACCAACCCUGUUUCAUGCCUUAGUUGAAGCCAAAGUAGAAAUUUGUCUGUAAUGUUCAAAUCUCAAUUCAAAUUACUGUGCCUUAUUCUUAAAGAAAAAAAUUAUAAUUUUACAGUUUUCUCCUACUAGCUAAAGAAAUGUAUUUUAGUUUGCAUGUAAGUAACAUUCAGAAACCUUAGAAAACCAUCUUAAUUGACACUUGCAUAGCAAAUUAUAGACAGGGGACAGAAUGAAAUCUGGCUUUUUUGCAGUGUGCAUUUACUAAUGUACAGACAAGUUGAAAGGGAGAGAUGCUUUUGCUACAGGGUUGGUUUUGAUACCUCCAGCACUGGCUGUCUAAUGUUUUUGUUUGGGCUUUCCUGGAUCAUUGCUUGUCUUGUUUUUUUCUCUCUUUUUUUAUUUCUCUGAAGGAAGAGCAUGAUGUUUUCUCCUCCCUGAAUCAGCUGUGCACCCGGUGGACAAGACAACAUAGUAUCUUUGAUCCCGGGUAGACACUGACCCUCAGUUCAUGUCCUUAUGCUUAGGUUCAUUCUAGAGCCCCUCCUGCCUUCCUCCUUCCUGCUUACCUUCCUGAUUGCCCCGGAAGGGCUGGUGCUCAAGCCCAGGGCCUUCAAGACUGUGAGGCAUAUGUUCUUCUGGUGAGGUACAAUCCCCAACCCCAAAGACUAUUUUUUUUUUUGUAGCAUGCAUCACACCCUCUAUGGGACAGGCCAGUAUUGGGUGUCCUGCGUGAUGACUUGGUCUCCACCCUGCUAGGGUUUUUCAUGCCUUCCCGUAUUUGUUUCUUUGUGGAACACAGCACUUCCUUCUAGAGUAUCAGCACCAGUUAUUGGAAAGGAUUACUUCCCUUCCCUUCCCUCAUGUCUUCUAGUCUUAGUUUUGAAACUUGGGGUAUUUCUUGACAUUUGGUUAUUGUGAACACAGACAGGGAUACCAAUCUCCUUUGAACCAUUGUAUACACACACACACACACACACACACACACACACACAGAGUAAAUGGAAUGGGUGUUAGUCAGGGAGUUUCCAGCUUGACAUGUUGGCAUUCUAAACUGGGUAUGUCUAGGUUAUAUUAUGUAUUAUUUAGUAGCAUUAUUGGCUUCUAAUCACAAAUCAUCUCCCCAAACUACGACAACCAAAAGUUCCUCUAGACAUUGUCAUGUAUUCCCUGGGGGGAUGUUUGGUACCCCUUUCUACUUCUAAACCAUUAGCUAUAACCAUGUUUAAACAUUAUUGAUAGACACCCCCCUCCCUCACCCCGCAAGUGUCCUCUAUUCUGCAGGAUUCAUAUCCUUCCUCUCCCAGACUGACCUCCUGCAUUUAAGGUUUAUAGGCAUCUGCCUCCACACUUAGAUCAGGAUUUACUGUUUACAGGCAGUAUUUUGAAAGGUCUUUCAUUUGUUGCACUGAGGCUUAGAGCCACCCUUGCUACACGGACACGCACUUGGAGUGAAGCUCUUAGUAGCCUGAGGCAGCUGUUGACCACACAGUGGGUCCGUGAGACUAGCCUUUCUACGUGAGACUUGAGCUAGGUUAUGCUUUUUAUAUGGAUUUUGAAUCUGGUUAGUAAUCACUGACAGUGUACCUCCCCUAUGGCUCUGUCAUUGCCUUAUGUUCUUUCCCCUUUUGUGCUUCUGAGUUUAUUUCCACUCAAGUGACCGUGAGUGGGAACAAGGUGGUCAAACCAGGAAAACAGUUAAGCAGAACCUGUAUCAGAUCCAAAUCUUCAGUGUGUAAAAUGUUCUUAGAAUUUGGAAAAUAUGUUAUUUUCUGGCAUUUCCUGUCUUUCUAACUACCCUACCCUAGCUCAAGACUUUUCUUAUUUACAUGGGCUUUUCUUAGCUAGGUGGGACUGGCUCCUUCAGGCCAGAGACUCUGAAUUGGAGUGAGCACCUUCCAGAAAGGACUGACAGUGGAGAGCCAUCCCUUCCUGGAGGCUUGAAGUUAUGUUACAGUAUUGUGGAGUUUUGUUGCUUAAAAAUCCUUCUCUUCUCAAGGGCAAGAUUGCCAAAGUAUAGCAUCGCAUUUGGGGGCCAGGGGGUUGUUAAAACUUUAGCGUUUCAAUAACUUCUUGCUAAUUGCGUGGGAACCCCCCACAGUGGAUGUGUACACACAAACCUUCUCGGGUGAAGAGCAUUCAAUGGUGCUGUAAAUGAAAUGUUUUGAAAACUAGAUGUGCCAAUCAGAUGUUUGUGGAAAUUAAACAGACAGCUCAAAACAGAUGGA